AUAUUCCGGGUUUUGCUACAGCGCGUCUUGUUUGCCUUUGUCUGAAAGCAGGUUUUCGUAGUUAGUGAGAAUGGCGAGGACAAAGCAAACAGCUCGCAAAUCUACUGGGGGUAAAGCUCCCCGUAAACAGCUGGCUACUAAAGCUGCCCGUAAAAGUGCUCCUGCGACGGGAGGAGUGAAAAAACCUCAUCGCUACCGGCCCGGCACUGUGGCUCUGCGGGAGAUUCGCCGUUACCAGAAAUCUACUGAGCUGCUCAUCCGCAAGCUGCCCUUCCAGCGCCUGGUCCGUGAAAUCGCCCAGGACUUCAAAACUGAUUUGCGCUUCCAGAGCUCGGCUGUUAUGGCCCUGCAGGAGGCUAGUGAGGCUUACUUGGUGGGGCUUUUUGAGGACACCAACCUAUGUGCUAUUCACGCCAAGAGAGUCACCAUCAUGCCCAAGGACAUCCAGUUAGCCCGGCGUAUCCGCGGGGAGAGAGCUUAACGUUCCUAAUAGCAGGCGUUCAUGCAACCAACUAAAAAAAACCCCAAAGGCUCUUUUAAGAGCCACCACGUUUACACUGAAAGGAGCUGUAUUUCUGCUUUAAUAUUUAAAUGGAUUAUACAAAAUAAGAGCACCAAAAAGAUUGCGGUCUACUAAGGAGUAGACGCAUGUUUCGUUUACAGAAAGAAGUGCCUAGUACUAAACGACCUUUUUUUAAUUAAUGUUUAAUUUGGUUUAAGUUGCGCCAGAAAGACUUAACAUUUUUUUACAUGAUAUAAGGAACAAUCAGUUAAAACUUGCAGGUUACUUUGGCCACUCACAUUUUCAGUGGAAGAACUCUGUUGGUAAGUGAAAUAAUCCAUAAAUAAAAACAAACACCCACAGCAUUUUUUUUUUUUACUUUCCACAUUUCAGUUAGCUAGUUCAGCCCCACAAAGCCAAGAGUUAGCACAAAAUGACGGUACUAAUGACUUGCUGCUUGCAGUAUCUAUCCCUCUUCAGACCCCCUCCUGAAAUCAUGAUUAAUUUUCAAAGCGUGAAUUUUUCACUUUACCCGUUUCCCAUACGCACGCUGACCCGCAAUGAAUAAAAUAUCUUUCAACCAGAGCAAAAAUUACUGUUAUGUCUUAGAACCCACCUUAAAAAUGUUAAUACCUUUUGGUUACUGGUUUUCUACCUGACUAGUUCUAUAUCUACAGAAUAUAAUUAAUGAUGUGAGAUUACAGUCUUUUCCAGUUUUUUAUUUCUUUCGAAUUUAACACUUACAAAAAGUUGCUACACUUUGUUUUUAAGACCAUAUGUGUAUAUUUUAUAAGAAAUACAUCCCUGGCCCUGUCCUCAUGAAAAGUAUAUGAAUUGUAAAAUGUAACGGGUAUUUCAUAUGCUAUUAAAACCAAAGAAAAACAUGGCUUAUUUUUUUUAUCUGAAACCAUGCUGUGUGAAUGAGACAAAAGUAAAAUCUAAAUCUUUUGCCUAAUGUAGUUAUUGGCAGCUUUUUCAUUUUAGGCGAUUCCCUCUAAAUUUCAGUAUACCCUGUGGCUUUUGCAAAAUAGUAUUGGUUAAAAAUAGAGAAUCGGCUCUUCUGGUGGAUGUUUGAGUGAUUCCGGAAAGAGCAUUUGUGUUGCAAAUAUGUUAUUCAUAAUGUGGAUUUAACCACUGAAUCCGUAUGAAAUGUCCUCCUUCCCUUUCAGAGCACAGCCCAAAUCCAUGUCUAUCAGUCUUUUGCUGGGCGAGUUCAGCUUCAGUGUAGGUCCAAGAAAACCAUCGCGGAUCUCUUCCUCGA